CGCUCGGGUUGGAAUUUGAGACAUCCCAAUAAUCAAUAUGCCGCCUCACUACUGUUUUGGGGCCCUAUUCCUGCGUCGGCUCAUCUUUGCAGAAGAUGUCCACAUGACACAUGACCAAGUAUUUGGAGAUUGACACCAAUGAACUUCAGAUAUCUCGAGGUAGCAUCUAUGUCCCAGACAUUGUCAGUUUGUCUUUCAGAACUCAUCACGGAGAUCUCUGCUGUACUUGGAGAUGGAUCUACUCUCUCAGUAUGGCUCAUAUGAAUUUCUUCCUUACCUCUCCAACUCCUCUCCCCCAGAUACACCUCAGAGGAGCUUGGCAAAGAUCCUACCUUCCACACAACCGCAAGCAGAAUCAUCCCUAACGCUCCAAAACACGUCGACAUGGACCUACUGCGGCCCCCUUCUCGUACCAAACUCCAUCACUCUUCCACCCUCUCUCCACACCUGGACCACGACAACAGUCUCAUCCCCAUCGGCCUUCUUUUCCCGCCUCCUACCUCUGCUCACUUUCCUCCGCACUUUUCUCUCAGAAGCCGGAGUACACCACUACUGGCUUACAGUCCGCGCCACGAAACCGACUACCGAGUAUGAUAAGCCUCGAUGGCACGUAGAUGACGAUUUCUUCGCCCCCACCGGCUCGAUAGACGGGGACCGGGUGCAAGAGAAGAAGAGCAGAAGAGAAAAGAGCGAGGCUCGUUGGAAAGUAUGCACCACGCUACUCGGCCCAUCAACACUCUUUCUCCCCUCUCCCACCGCCCUACCACACCUACGCCGGGUGAAAAGCCAUCAAAAGAAAUCCCGGGAACACCCAUGUACAUCGGUCCGCUGCCUGGGAUGCGCCGACACAGGCGAUGUCAUCCGCCAAACCCUCGCAAAGGACUUUACGGGUGAAGAUGUUGAGUCGCACAAGUACGGCGAAGUGGCUUUCUUCCGCCUCGGUGACCAAAAGGGCGCCGUACACUCUGAACCAAAGUGUGAUGUGGAUCGUAUAUUCAUCAAUGUUGUACCGGGAACAGAGGAGGAGAUGCGCGCGCUUAUGGCACGAUGGGGUAUGGGCUUCCCGCGGGCAUGGUGUUUCGGUGUGCCGGUGGGGUUAGUGAGGAGUGACGAGUUUGACCGUCCGAAAUAAAACAGUGAGUAUAUUAACGCAAGAAUGGGUGGUAAGGUUGCGGAUGAAGGCGUGGAUUGUGUUGAGAUAUUUGGGCAACUGUAAGAACAGUGGUUAUUGGAAGCAACAUGACAGAAAAGCUCUAGUGAGAGACAAUUUGUCAGAAUAUGUCUUGAUUUCUUAAUACAUGACACCGCCAAACGUUUAAACGAGGUUGAUCCGCUCUUUUCUAUCUACCU